AUGAAGCCUCAGAAACCAGAGCUCAUUUCUACAGCCACAUCUGAUCGAUUCGAUGACUUGAGCGUCGUUCACAGUCAACUCAGUUGUGGGCGCUCCUGCUACAUCUCGGUCGACAUGCUUGAGUAA